AUGUCAAAUUUUCUUCUCAUUAAGCCAAAGCUGAAAAAUUUCGACAUUUUGAGAAAGUUCAUCGAAUCGACAUCAAGAACAAAGUUACACUUAUCAGUUGAAGAUAGGUUUAUUGGAAUUACAGUCCUAGAAGGUGUUAGUCUUCUGAUAAGAAACCAAAAUCCUACUGCGGAAAAAAUGUCUCAACCACACGAAGUUGCUCAAGCCACUGAAGCUGUGGCUAACUUGCACUUGGACGAGGUUACCGGUGAAAUGGUUUCCAAGUCUGAGUUGAAGAAGCGUAUCAAGCAAAGACAAGUCGAAGCCAAGAAGGCUGCUAAGAAGGCUUCUGCUAAGCCAGUUCCAGAGCCAAAGAAGAAGGUUAACACUGAUGCAUUUGCUGAUUUGGAUCCUUCUCAAUACUUUGAAGCUAGAUCCAGACAAAUCAACGAACUAAGAAAGACUCAAAGUCCAAACCCAUACCCUCACAAGUUCCAAGUCUCUAUUACUUUGCCAGAAUUCUUGGCUAAGUAUGCUCACUUGAAGCGUGGUGAGACUUUGCCAGAAGAAAAGGUCUCUAUUGCCGGUAGAAUUCACGCCAAGAGAGAAUCUGGUUCCAAGUUGAAGUUCUACGUCUUGCACGGUGACGGUGUUGAAGUCCAAGUUAUGUCUCAACUACAAGAUUACCACCAAGAAUCUUCUUACGAAGAUGAUCAUUCUUUGAUCAAGAGAGGUGACAUCGUCGGUGUUGAAGGUUACGUCGGUAGAACUUCCCCAAAGAAGGGUGGUGAAGGUGAAAUCUCUGUGUUCGUUUCCCGUAUCGAGCUAUUGACACCAUGUUUGCACAUGUUGCCAACCGAUCACUUCGGUUUCAAGGACCAAGAAUUGAGAUACAGAAAGAGAUACUUGGAUUUGAUUAUGAACAAGGAUGCUAGAAACCGUUUCAUUACUCGUUCCAAGAUCAUCAGUUACAUUAGAAAAUUCUUGGACACCAGAAACUUUAUUGAAGUUGAAACCCCAAUGAUGAACGUCAUUGCUGGUGGUGCCACUGCUAAGCCAUUCAUCACUCACCACAACGAUUUGGACAUGGACAUGUAUAUGAGAAUUGCCCCAGAAUUGUUCUUGAAAGAAUUGGUUGUUGGUGGUAUGGACAGAGUUUACGAAAUUGGUAGACAAUUCAGAAACGAAGGUAUUGAUAUGACCCACAACCCAGAAUUCACUACAUGUGAAUUUUACCAAGCUUACGCUGAUGUCUAUGACUUGAUGGACAUGACUGAAAUCAUGUUCUCUGAGAUGGUCAAGGAAAUCACUGGUUCUUACGUCAUUAAGUACCACCCAGAUCCAAACGAUCCAGCAAAGGAAAUGGAAUUGAACUUCGCUAGACCAUGGAAGAGAAUCAACAUGAUUGAAGAACUAGAAAAGAGAUUCAAUGUCACUUUCCCACCUGGUGACCAACUUCACACCGCUGAAACUGGUGAGUUCUUGAAGAAGGUCUUGAAGGACAACAAGAUGGACUGUGCUCCACCAUUAACCAACGCUAGAAUGCUAGACAAGUUGGUUGGUGAAUUAGAAGACACCUGUAUCAACCCAACUUUCAUCUUCGGACACCCACAAAUGAUGUCUCCAUUGGCUAAGUACUCCAGAGACCAACCAGGUCUUUGUGAAAGAUUCGAAGUUUUCGUUGCCACAAAGGAAAUCUGUAACGCUUACACCGAAUUGAACGAUCCAUUUGACCAAAGAGCUCGUUUCGAAGAACAAGCUAACCAAAAGGCUCAAGGUGAUGACGAAGCCCAAUUGGUUGACGAAACCUUCUGUAACGCUUUGGAAUACGGUUUGCCACCAACUGGUGGUUGGGGUUGUGGUAUCGACAGAUUGGCUAUGUUCUUGACCGACUCUAACACCAUUAGAGAAGUCUUGCUAUUCCCAACCUUGAAGCCAGAAAUUGUCAAGGAAGAAAAGGAAAAGAAGGCUUAA